AUGAAGUUUUCCAACGCCGCUGCCAUUCUUUUUGCCGCCAUGGCUUCUGCUAGUGUUAUUGGCAGCCGACAAGCCCAGCAGGAUGACUUGGAUGAUUUACUCUCGUCCGAAGCCUACAUCGAUGAGCCCGAGCCGAAUCAUAAUAUUUACUCGAUGCCUCAUCGCGCCCCGUACUCAAGCAUCAUGCCGCAACCACCAUCCCCAAUUGCGACACCCUUGAAGUAG